GAUUUCCGAGAGUAAUUACACCCCCUCCCGUUAGCCCACUGCCCAUAUAACCUCGCCCGCCUCCAGACCCAUACUCCAUAGACUCGCGGUCUCCUACCGCCCAGACAUGCGCGUGGAUUCUGGCACUAUUUUGGACCUGUCAAAACCUAGGUAUUCUAUCUCCAGCAUUUGCGCUAAGGCUACCAACCAGUGAGGUCAUAGUCCAGAAUAUUAAAUUUGUAAAGGUUCUGUAACAGAAAAAAAGCAGUUCUCAACAAUGGCUAACAACUUAAACGAAAGCCUGCUUAACGUACCCGAUUCCGACGAAGACGAAGGCCUGUUGAAUUUUAGCCAGUAUUACUUCAAGGAGUGGUCUGAAAUCGAGGCGCUUUACAAGUUGACAAUGUACAAUGAGAGCCUCAAUGACAAGGAGGAAGACUCGGGUGCUGCUGAAACAUCUCAAUCCGAAGAUGACUCUGACAUGGAUAAGGAUUCUGGUGAGGAUGAAGAAGAGGAUUACAUUGAGCAGCUUGGCAACGAGUUGGACAAUAUGAUACUCUCCAAGCCGAAUCUGUUGUAUGAGAAUCCGAUGAGGGAGAACAGCCGCUUCCAGAUUUAUUCAUUCUGUAACAACAGAGUGACUACGGGCCAGUGCUGGACCUGGAAGCCAGAUCAAAUGGAUGAUGAUUCCUAUGAAUCUUCUUCUUCUGAUGACGAGACGUCCUCGCUUUCAGACUAAAUUAUUAAUCUUCAAUUUCAUACAUGUGAGUAAGGUUUGUGUACUUGGGCAAAUGGACGUAAAUAUUAUUGGAUAUUUAAAUCCAUUUGCUUAUGUAAAAAACCUUAUCUUGCAGAACCCUUCCCUACGAUACAAGUCAUUAAAAUGACUGUAUUUUUUAAUAUUUAUUUUAAAAGCUUCAACUUGCUAAUAUCUGGGUCAUCUUUGAAGAAAAUUGAUUUAAAAAUUGUAAGUUCCAGUUCCUGGCUAUUUGAAAUAAUCUCGGCUAUAAAUGUGUCUCUUAAAUAAUAUAUGUAUGUAACUAUGAAUUAAAAUAGGUUUUUAAUCUAAGGUGUGGCUCAGUGUAAAAGAGCUUUAGGAUUAUACACUAUUAUUCAUUCAUCUGCUUUAAAAAUAUGAUUUUAUUAUUUGCUGAUUAAAAUAAAAAAAAAAAACAAAAAAAAAAAUAAAAAAAAAACAAAUAAAUUAACAAAAAAAAAUAUGGUAGUACUAAAAUUAAAGGACAUAGUAGGUAAGGUUUUCCCCCUUCAUGGUCUUAAUAUUCUAUCUUUUUUUUCUACUGUGAUAUUUUUUAUCUGAAAUACUAGAUUUUGUUGUAAUCACUUUUAUCAGGCUUUCUGCUUCUCUACCUACUCACUGUAUUUUUAUAUAAUUUGCCACAUAUUUAAAAUAGAAUACAUCGAACAGGAUUGUAUCAAAAAAAAAAGUAAUAUCCGGCAGCGUGUCAAUAGAUGGAAUUUGGUCUGUGUUUCAGUGGCAGUUGUAUUAUUAUCUGUAGGUUAAUAAUUGGAGUGCAUAUUAAUGCUUCAGUAGAUGUAUUUAGUUAUAAGGCAGAUGAGAUUCACAUUGACGGAUUUCAAGCGGUAUACAGAAGCAAUAUUAGGAGCAUAGACAAUCAAUUUACCCAUACAGUGUUAUCACAGUGUGAAACCGAGGGUUAUUCUUUAACAUUUCCAAAUCCAGUAGUUUGUCUCCAGUAGUUUACUUUGAUAUCCAUAAAUUUAGCAUCCCACUAUUCCGGUUCUUGCAUCUAAGAGACAUAAUUAUAGCUCAAAAAAUAACUUCAAAGACGUAGAUGAGAAUAAUUUUGCGCUACUCAUUUACCUGUCAAAUAUCAUUUAUACUUAAAGACGGUCCUAAAAUUAUGAUUGUUUUCUCAUCUACGAUUUUUCAUAAUAAAAAAAAAUACAAUAAUAUGUAACCAUUCAAUGUUAAAAUAGGGUUUCGACUAUAGUGUAACUUGAAUUCUGUGGCCGGGUAUGGUUGAACUAGUUGCGCCAUGUGACUUAUAGUCUGGUAAAAGAAAUUUGGAAGUUUUUAGGAGCGUCAACCACGCUGUGUGCCCAGAUGAGAGGAAUUAUUCGACCUCGUCCGGCUUUGCUCGAUGUUUCCCCAUGCUUAGCCUUAUCUUUUAUAUAGAUAACUAUAUCUCAAUCGAGACGUGCCAAUACGUAUUGCGAAUUGGAAGCAGGGUAGUUAGGAAGGUAUUUAUCUGAUAGUGUAUUUUCUAAGAAUUCUCGGAGAGUAAAAGUUAUUUAUAUAGAAGAAUAUCCGAUAAAAUAGUCCAAAAAAAAAAAAUGUCCUUUAUGAUUAAAAUUUUAGAGAUUAAAGUUGUGUCUAUUUACUCACAAAUGGGUACUAAAAGGCCUGUAUUUUCUUGUAAUUCAUGAUGUACUUAAAUUCUUAUUUUACGUAAAUUUCGGCCGUAGCUCAAAUAUUAACGUAUUUUUAUAUUGUUAUGUUUACAAGACAUAUAUCUUAAUUAGUUCCUUAACAAAAACAGAUCGUAACUAAACUAUUUAUAAAUAUCAUUUACAUAUUAAUAAUAAAACAAGAAUUUUCGGAAAUCUUAGAGACUGGAGUUUUUAACUCAAUUAUUUAUAUAACUUAAACAUAAAAAAAAAAUUGUGACUUUUUCACGGAAAUAUAAGUCUUGUGGAAGAGAUGCAACAAAUCUUUUCACAUUUCGAUAUUUUAAAGGCUUGCGGUACCCAUAUUUAAUUCUAUCUGUAAGCAUAGAUGUAAAAAUCCUGUAUCACUUUUGGAAUUUAUCAAUAGGUUUUUAUUAUAUUUUAACUAUUUUAGAGUUUUAAACUAUUUACAUAUUGGUCAUCAUCUUUGUUAGUUCAUAAAUCUCUAUCUAUAUUUUUACUAAUCUCUAUUUAUUAUGUUAUUAAGUGUCGUAGGUUAAGUAUUUUAUUGUUAGUUUUCUUAUUAAAUACAAUGUAUGAAUUUCAAUUUUAAACCUUUACCAAUAACCAUGAAAAAAUAAUUGUAACCCCUUUAAGCCAAAACGACCCACUCUCCUUGUACACGAACGUGUUUGUUCAUCUAUCUAUCAUUAACAUUAAUAUUAUACUUAAUAAAUGUCUACAUAUAA